AGAACUUAAAACAUUAUUUUAGAAACAAUCAAAAACAAGGGAAUAGUUAACAUUAGCCAAUCUUGUAGAAAAUUGAUCUAUCAAUCGAAUAAAAUUAUGUGUUAAUUGCGGAAGAUCUCAGGUAGCUAGUAAGAUCAAAUCGAAUAUUAAAAUCGAGAAAUAUGAUCGGAAAGAUCAUGGAUAGAGAACGAUUAACCAUUCUUGUAUGUGUUGAUGAUGAUGUGUUGUUGUUGAUGUUUUCUUUCCGUUUCUGCGCUGUUUAAUGGCUCAAUAUUUAUUAAACUCCCACCAUGGCCGAGAAAUUCAAUGGUUUUAGCCACGACGAUAUACUCAAAAUAACCGGAGUGAAGGAGGGAGGCAACGCACACAGGCCACAGAGUGCGGAAGCAGCCAAGCAAGCUCUCCGAAACCAGCCCGGCAUUAGGCGCAUGCCCGAUAAGAAUAUCCGGCAGGCAGAUCAAAUGCGAAAGCAGCAGCCCCAAUCUCAAGCGAAGUCUCAACAAGUUGCAGCAGCAAAGAAGACCACCACCAAAUCGGGCAGGAGCACUCCCACGGAAUCGACAGCACCUCCCACGCCAAACACUGACGUCGUCCCGGCUCAAGUUUCACUGAACUUGGACCGUCCGCUCUCCGACUCUCUGGUGGAAGCUCUCUACUAUGGCAAGGCCUCGGCUCCCUCGACGGGCAGAUCUGUUGCUACCACUGCCACGUAUGCGGAAGCUGUUGCCGCUAGUAGUGGUGGCGUGGCUAGUGGCGACGGCGACACCAGCGAAGCGACAAUAGAUGACAGCUCAAUACUGAAGAUAAGCAAUAGUAAUAAAAAUGGCACCAGCUCUGAUGAUGCCGCCAGCAUACUGCCCAGCACCAAAGACUUGUCGCGGGAGGGCCUGAACACGGACUCGCCCUUCAAGGGCGUCUCUCUGCAGUACUUUGAGCAGCAUCGCAAGAUGAUCCAGGAGCAGAAUAAGCAGAAGAAGCAAAUGCUCUAUCAGGCCAUCGAGCAGCACACACAGAAAACGGCAGCGGAGUCGCGCAAAAUCGAGGAAAUACGUCACGAACUCUCCAAACUGGAGAGCGAUCUGGCCGUAGAUGUGGCCAUGCUGAGGAAGCAGAUUGACAACGCUUGCAUACAUUUUGCCAAUGUAGAAAAACAAUAUGUGCGGAUCGAGGCUCAAUUCCUGAAGGCUAAGGUAGACCUGCACAAUGCUUCGGAGAAGAAGGAACUACUGACAGAACAUCUCUGCACUGUCAUAGCCCACAAUGAGGAUCGCAAGGCCCAGAAGCUCACGGAGCUGAUGCAGAAAGUAGGCCUGGCGCCAACCGACGAGCCCCCGACCUCGCCACAGAAUCUGAGUGAAUCUUAAAUUAAAUUAAAUUAAAUUUGUAAUUUUGAAUGCUCUAUAAUUUUUAUGUCUAUUUUUACUUAAGCAACAAAGUGCAAAUUGCAAUAAAUAAUGUGUAUUUUAAGUGUAAAUUUUAA